CGACGCCGCAUGACCUCGUAUUCAUCGGUGGGCUGUGCCGGCACACCUGCCAACGCGUUUUCGGCCACACUCAAUUAGACGCAUUACCGCAUGUGUGCCUCUACGCCUCGGAGAUUCACAUCAUCCUUCGACUCGACAACACAACGACAGUAGUUAUGCCACACAUGCUUCAGCUUCCUAAACAGCAACAGAAUGAUCAUCAUCGAGUACAGUUGCACAGUAUACAUGUUGCAAGUCGAGCUGAUCGUGAACAUGCGCUGCCCAAUCCUUCGAAGGAGGGCACCGACUCACCGGCGCCUAGAUGCUGUGUAGAAACUCAAGAUUCCACAAGAAACGAUAUCGACUCGAUAAGAAAUAGUGGCGCGGAUAAAAUCUUUGGAUGGAAAGAAGCCGCCAUGGACGAGACGGAUCCGCCCACAAAAAAAGCGCUCGGCUCACGCGAUGCACACAUUGCGAAGAGCUGGCCUCUUUAUGUCUACCAAGAUCCAGGUCUUAGGGAAACACCAUAUUGCGUAGAGAAGACGAGGCACGACAUCGAUCACGAUGACCUUGGCCCUAGCCUCUACGCGCAAACUGGCCAUCAGCAAGCCGUCCUUUUUCCAAUCCCACUUCCGCACCCUCGAACCGCCAUCAUAUCCGCAUGCCUCCUCGUCGCUACCGUCUCCGCUUUUUACGAGGCCUCCAAACCGGAUCCACCACAUCACACCGGCCUCGAUGGACACAACGAUCGCUUCUCGUCGCGCUUGGGAUUAUCACAGCACAUCGCAUGUAGCACCGCUUCACUAUUCAUCUUUACAGCUGCAGCGGCGGUAGUUUACCACCUCAAUGCAGUCCAUCGUUUCCAGGAUAUAUUCGUGCUGCUAGGUUUGAUUUUCGGUGUCGUGACCGGCAUGGCCAAGUAUCGUGACUUGCGGGACGCUAUGCUUAGAGCUGUGCCCUGGGGAGUGAUUGCGGCGCUGGCCACGAGCAUGGUCAUGCAUGGGGCCUGGGAAUCUAGAACAGAAGUGCCGGCAAGGUUGGUGUGAGGCCAUCUGCCCGACUCACGAGAGAGCCAUUAAUGAUCAGAGAAUUUUGACACUCGUUUUCACACCAGCAAUGAUAUAAUUUGGAGACUUGACCAUUGGUGUGUUCCUGUAUCGUAAUCGGCGUCUACUUU